AUGAAAAAACAACUCACCAAGCUCGCACGAGGUUUUGUUGGACAAACCAACAACUAUGAGAAGAGAGUAUACGUCCUGAGGAAUUUAAUGGAAAGGACGAAUAUUUCAACAAGUAUCAGGGCUGAAUACAUGGUUCCGAAGAUUAUAGUGAAUAGCGGUAUUAUUGAAAGAAGAGAAUAUCAUAUUAAUUAUUUAUUAAAUAGCACAAAUGUCGGCAGUACUACAGCUUCAUCAACAACACAUUCCGAGCCAAAUGAUUCAUCAGGCAAAACUGAAGGAAAAGAGCAACAACAAUCAUCGAGUACAAUGGAAGAACGACCUUUAACAGAGGAAGAAAUCAAGAGAAAAAAGCGAAAGAGAAUUGCUUUUAUUAUAGCAGCUAUAAUUGCUUCAAUUGGAGGAUUAAUUACUCUCGCUCUUUACCGAACAAUGCUUGAAAUUCAGAACCUUGCUUUUUUUUCAGAAAUGAUAGAGACUUUACAUAUGAAUAAUGAUGUGUCAGUGUUAAAAAACGCUAUUUUUUCAUUGGAGGAAGGAUUUAAAAUUUUAGACAAUGGUGAACUUUCUACAGAAGAAUUAAAUAGCUUAAAACAAAUUUUUGGGGACUUUGAUUCUGUCAAAUCCAUUAGACUGUUGGGCCCAAAUUGGGUUGAACACAUAGUUCACAGACUUUAUAUUUUGUCCAAAGACAUUGCCUCUUGGACUGACUUUCAAGUUUUUUUCAAGGAGUCUAGAAUUUAUUACUUCUUUCCAAUUGUCAAUAAGGAAACAGGUUCAGUAGCAGUUAUGAAAGUGGCAUUACUUCUAGAUGAACGACAUAUAGCUGAAAUUAAAAGACUGAGAGAAAAAACAAAGAUGGAAAUGGAGGCAAAACAAAAGAAGGAAAAGGAAGAAAAACUUCAAAGACAAAAGAGACAGAAAAUUAAUGAAGAAAGAGCUAAGAAGGGAGAGCCUCCACUUGAAGAUGAGCCAGAAAAAAAACCAGAACCUGUGGAAGAGAAACAUGAGGAGGACAAACCAAUUGAAGUUCCGCCAAUAGAAAUAGAGAGCAUUCAUAUUUGUGACGCCGCUCCCUUUGCCGAAGCAUUUGACCAAAAUUUCUUUUCUCAACAUGAUAAUCAUCAUUUAUAUGGGUUGAAAGAGUUGACUUAUAACUGGCCAUAUGGAGCAUCUUACUCUGGAGGCAAAUCUGAACUUUUGAUAUUUCGCAAUCCAAAUGUCUCCAAAAAAGUACCAGUUUUAUUUACAUCAUUUGGAUCCUUAAAUGCUCCUUCUGCCAAUUCAAAGCUUGGUCACUUUUAUUUUGAAAACCUGGAUAACGAAAGAGUCAAGCUGGAUGCACGAAACGUCUUUAAGCAAUAA